AUGAAUUCGUUUAAGAAAAUGUUCCAAAAGUCUAACGACGACCAGAAGGUGUCGCUUAAGCAUUCCAAAUCAAUGCCAUACGGAUUCUCUUCAGAAGGGAGAAGGCGCGAGCCUCUUCGUGACGAUUCUUCCAAACCCGUAUACCGUGGCAAGACUCCCCUUCAAAAGUCCGACAUCGUGUACGUCAAGCAAGCUCCAGGGAUACUCGACAUCUAUCAUGGCAAAUCACAACAUACCUACUACCAUGGACCAGCUCGCGCAAACGUUGACACACGCGCGGACUCUGACUUGCUGACCAAGUUUCCCCAUUCCCCCGAACCAACUGAGGGCCUCCCUCGCCGUGGUUUCAGAGCACUUUCUUUAAACUCGAAGGGUAUAAAGCCCCAAAUUCCUAUCUAUAAUUCGGGUACAAGUGAUCAAGAAGCCUACCCUUCCAUUCCCCACGGAAAACAGGGGCAUGAGGCCACUGUUGAUCAGCCUUCGGCGGAUGUACGAUGGACCCCCGACAACCAUACUCGCAGUGGCGGACUGGCAGAACGGAUUCGUGCUAAGUCGAGCACUGAUCGCUCGAAUAUACAUCCUCCCCCCGCUCCCGCUCCCCCUCUUCCCACCACUCGCGCCUUAAAUCCAACACUCUCGCACUCCGCACACAGCUCACACGUAAAUCUUCGGGAGGUUCCAUCCCAGGUCGCCGUUUCGACUCCUGUGCCAGCCUAUCCACAGUCCUACUGGCCAUACUCCCAAUACGAUGAGAUUUUGCAUGAACAGGACCCGGCCGUCCUCAGCAAAAUGAUUAAUGGUUAUCCUUUGACACCUGUUCGCAGCGCAAGCUGCCCAGAGCACAUGCGCCCCAUGUAUUUUGACAUGGACGAGCCGUACUGUCUCGAGAAGACACUUCGAUGGUACAUACAUAUGGCAUUGGCCGAACGUCGUCCGCUCGAUGCACGCGCGGGUGGCCGUUACCACCGCAUCGUUGACGCGAGAAGGAUAUUUAAGGCAGAUUAUAAUCAGCUUGAUGCAUAUCAAAUAGAGUUUAUUGGAGAAACGGAGCAGGGUGAAUUGGUCAUGGACUAG